GGGGUUCGGAGUAGAAUGGGGGUUAAACGUGUUGAGGGUGAUGGCGAUAUGAUGCUCUCGGACCUUCCAAUAUCUGGUUCGCGAGAAACGGAAACUUGUAGCAGCUCUAUACGCCCUCAUUGCUUUCUAGUGCAAACUCGAGAAAAUACCAGAUCCUAAUUGAAUUUUCAAUCGUUUCUCAAUUGCACCCGGCGCUGAUCUUAUCCCGUUCGGCCGACAUCGGUAGUGGUGGUAAGGCGUGAUCCUUCAGCAGUUGUCGCAAUAAUUUCGCCAUUACGGAGAUUAAUAAUUCGCUAGUGCAGACGCGGGCAACGACACCUCCUCCGUGGCAGGUCAAGAUAUAAAGCGAGCCUCAAGGAGAUGAUUUCAGAUCGUAGAAGACACCAAAACAUCAACAACUUCAGCAUUCAAGAUGACUACCGAAUUUAUUAGCGUCACUUUCCCCAACGCCUCGACGGAGCUUGCCCCGAUCCCUGGCGCUGGCAUUGACCCUGAUUAUCUCAUCCGCUAUGCCCGCUCGCUGGACGACCAUGAGUUCAACUACACUCUCAUUCCUUACGGCUCGCCCUCGUUUGAUCCUUUCACGAUUGGCGCAACCAUUGUUGCCGUGACCAAGAACAUCAAGAUCAUCAUCGCCCUGCGCCCCAACACCGUUUAUCCCACCGUUGCCGCCAAGGCGCUGGCAACUCUGGACCAGCUGAGCAAGGGCCGAGUCGUUGUUCAUUUUAUUGCCGGUGGAAAUGACGCCGAGCAGGCCCGUGAGGGUGACUUCCUGAACAAGGAUGAGCGAUACGAGCGCCAAGAGGAGUACAUCAAGAUCGUUCGCAAGGUGUGGACGUCGACCGAGGCAUUCGACUGGGACGGCAAGUACUACAAGUUCAAGGACUUCAAGAGCACCGUCCGACCCACGAAUGGCACCAUCCCCGUCUCUGUGGGAGGAUCUUCAGACGCCGCCUACCGCCAGGGCGGCGCUCUCGCCGACAUCUUCGGCCUCUGGGGUGAGCCCCUCAAGGAGACCAAGGAGCAGAUCGACCGCAUCUACGCCGAGUCUGACAAGGCUGGCCGUCCCAAGGAGGACCGACCUCGCAUCUGGGUGACCUUCCGACCCAUCGUCGCCGAGACUGAUGAUCUCGCCUGGGCCAAGGCCCACCGCACCCUGGACAUUCUCAAGCAGAACCGCGAGAAGGGCCAGAGCAGAGUUCCCCUCAACGCCCCCCCGCCUCAGAACGUUGGAUCCCAGCGACUUCUCGAUAUCGCUACCCGAGGCGAGGUUCAGGACCGCGCUCUCUGGUACCCGACUGUUACUGCUACCGGCGCACAAGGUGCCUCAACUGCCCUGGUUGGAUCUUACCAGACGGCUGCCGACUCUAUCCUGGACUACGUCGACCUCGGUGCUACUCUUAUUUCCAUCCGUGGUUACGACAACUUGAAUGAUUCCAUCGACUACGGACGGUACAUUCUUCCCAAGGUGCGAGCAGGUUUGAAGGAGCGCGAGAACGCCAAGAAGGCGGCUUGAUCGACUGGCUUGAUCGACAUGGCUGUAUCAGAAUCCAGAUCAAGGAGCAAAGAUGUAAAACCUAGAAUGAUUAACAACUAUACUCCGUUUCAUCGGGAGCGAUAUUAUGAAUUUAAUGAAAGACAAUAACCCA